AUGUUCCUCGUCAAAGACGGCAACGGCAAUUUUGGGUCAGACCGGGACGCACUGCCAGCUGGUGGGAGAACUUUGAGAUGGAAGUCGUCCUCCCGGAGGAAGGUAGCUACCGGGACCGAAAUAAAAAGGAGCUUGCUUGGAGGAGGGUUAGCGAGGUGGUUGGUGUCUCGGUGGAAGUUUGCAAAAAGCGGUGGAAGAAUCUGA